UUCUCCUCUUGUGCUCUGGCUUUAUAAAGCACACCAGCCGUGUGGUGUGUUCUUGAUUAUUCUGGAGUGAACCUGUCACCAUGUGGACUACUCUGAAGAAUUUAGACCUGAACUCUGUGGGUCUGUCCCUCUCUUUGGGCUUGAUCAUACUGGUUCUGUAUGAGAUAAUCAGGAUUAUUUCCUCUGGAGCCAAAACUCCACCUGGUCCAACACCUCUACCUUUUGUGGGAAGUUUACCAUAUUUUAUGAUGAAGCCAAUGGAAUUUAUCAGAUCGAUGUCACAGUAUGGAGAGAUGACCACUUUGUAUCUUGGGAGGAAGCCAACGAUAGUCCUGAAUACAAUCCAGAUCACUAAGGAAGCCCUGGUCCAGAAUGCUUCAUCUUUUUCUGGAAGGCCACCUGUACCACUUAUAGACUGGGUUACUGGUGGAUAUGGUAUAAUAUUUACCUCAUUUGGUCACUCUUGGAGGCAACAGAGACGGUUUGCUCUCCACACGCUCAGAAACUUUGGCCUGGGGAAGAAGUCGGUAGAAGAACGCGUGUCAGAGGAAGGACGUUACUUGGUUGCAGAAAUGCUCAAAGCAGAAGGAAAGCCAUUUGAUCCACAACAUGCCAUUCACAAUGCAGUUUCUAACAUAAUCUGUUCCAUCAUCUUUGGAGAUCGCUUUGACUACAAUAACAAGCGCUUUGCAUACCUUCUGAAAAUCCUGAAAAAACACAUCAUUGAGACAGGGUCACUUAUUGCACAGAUUUUUAACUUACUUCCCUUCAUCAAGCACUUUCCUGGACCACACCAAAAAAUCUACCAGAAUGCUGAAAAGUUAAAGGGUUUUAUCAGAGAAGCAGUUAACGAACACAGGGAAACUCUGGAUCCAGACAGUCCUCGAGACUUCAUAGAUGCCUACCUGCUGGAGAUUGAAAAACAAAAGUCCAAUGAGGACUCUACAUUUCAUGAGGAGAACAUGCUGAUAUCUACAGCUGACCUGUUCUUGGCUGGGACCGACACUACGGGGACCAGCAUCAGUUGGGGACUCAUCUUCUUGAUGGAAAACCAAGAUGUACAAGAGCGAUGUCAUCAAGAGAUUGUAGGGGUACUGGGUUAUGACCGCUUGCCCAGCAUGGAUGACCGCGACAAACUACCGUACACGUACGCCACUGUUUAUGAGAUUCAGCGCUGUAGUAACAUUGUACCUCUUGGGGUGGUUCAUGAAACUACUCAGCCCACAAAACUACGAGGAUACAACAUUCCUAAGGAAACUCAGAUUAUGACCAACCUGACAGCAAUUUUAAGUGAUGAGGGGCACUGGAAGUUUCCACACACAUUUAACCCAGAGAAUUUCUUAGAUGAUAACGGACAUUUCUACAAACCCGAGUCUUUCCUACCUUUCUCCUUAGGUCCAAGGGUAUGUCUUGGUGAGACCCUGGCGAAGACGGAGCUUUUCCUCUUCAUCACUUCUCUUCUGCAGCGGAUUCAUUUCUCAUGGCCACCCGGUGAACAGCGCCCAGACAUGGAUGGGAUUGUUAGUAUUGUUCGCUCACCUCAGCCAUUCAACAUCCUCUGCCGUAGCAGAGGUUCCAAAGAGUGAUCACCAGUAACCUUUACAAUGUCUUUAUAGCAUUGAUGAUCCUAAAGUUUCCAUAGAUUUUCUAAGCAUAGACAUAGUUUUGCGGGGCGAAUCUCACCAUACCUGUGAAGAACAUGUCCGUUUCAUACAGUUGUGCUUCAGAGUAGAGAACAAAAUGUCUUUUGUUUUUUUAUUUAAUACUGACAUUAAGAAGCUGCAUAACAUAUGUUGUUUAAUUAAGUAUAUUCCACAAGACAAAAUAAUAAAUUUAAUUAUCCAAAUGAUCCUGUUUAAAAGUUUACACACACACACUUGGUAAUCUUUAUGCGAAUUAGCAUCAUGUGGGCAGUACUAAACAACAAUCCAUCUAAUUUAUUUGUUUAUUUUUUUAAUUUUUUUUCAUUAGAUUGACCUUGUAACUAACAUUUAUAUUGUUAUAUGACUGUUAUUCACCAUUGCAACAAUAAAAUACUAGUAAUAAAAUGACAAGACAAAAAAAAAAGUUGUCUAGUUGAUGUGGGUGAAAAUUGUAAAGUGUCAUACAUACAUUUCUGCUGUGAUGUAACCACAUUGUUAAGCUUAACAUUGUAAAUUCAAUGUAAUAUCUCAAGUGACAUAUAACUACAAACAAGACUUUAUAGGUCUAAACCAUAUGUAUAUCUUGCAGGUACUGUUAUUAAUAAGGUUGAGCCGUAACACUUCCUAACCGGGUGUGUUUGACUUUGAAAUUGUGGAACUAAAGUUGAGAUGCCUCAGUUGCAUCUUUUUGAGCAUUCUGAUGCUCAUGUCAUGGCACUAUAUGCACAUAAUGUAUAUUCCCAAAAAAAUAAAAAAAUAAAAAAUUCAAAUGAGUGAACAAGUAGACAAACACUAUAAAAUAUA